AUGCAUGGUUGUUCUACAGACGAAACCAUGUCUUACAUUUCUUUAAAGGAACUCGAGGAACAUAAUGGCAGUGACAAAAGAUCUUCAUGGAUUGUUCUUUACGGCCAAGUAUAUGACAUAACAUCGCUCAUUAAUCUUCAUCCAGGAGGUAAUAUUCUUCAAUAUGCAACAGGUAUUGCCGAUGCGACAUGCUUAUUCGAAAGUUAUCAUUCUAAGAGAAGCAUCAAGAAAUGUCAAGCUUUAUUAAUGAAACACGGUAAAUACCUUGGAGAAUUGUCUACUGAGACAGAAUCCAAGUGCAAAUAUGCAAUGAAUACCUACGAUGAUGGUACAAUAUUAGAUUCGACUAAUUUCUAUUGUACACUUCGUAAUCGAGUUGAUGUUUAUCUUGAGAAAAACUAUGGCGGUCGUCAUGCGUUUCAAUGGAUAUAUCAAACGGAAGCUGUAUUAACACUAAUCCUAUAUUGUUUAACAACCUAUUAUAAAAGUUUUAAAAACAGCUAUUUUGCAGCUGUUUGCUUAGGUGUAAUUAUGGCACGAAUGGGAUUUUUGAUGCAUUCAGGAAACCAUUGUGCAAUAUCCUCAAAUCCUUAUUGGAAUCGAUUUGUCGGCUUCUUCAUGGAUAUAAUUGGUAGUUCACAUUACACAUGGACAUAUGAACAUCAAAUAGCACACCAUACGACGCCCAACGAAUAUCACAAAGAUAAUGAUUGUGAAAUUGGUGAUCCAUUGUUUCGAUUUCAUCCUCUUAUUUCUGAUGUUGAACAAACGAAUCAGGAUAAUAUUAAAAAAGCAUCUUCUCGCUUUCGUAUCUACAUACGUCGAUAUCAACAUAUUCUUGUUCCUAUUCUAAUGAGUAUUGGGUUUUUCAAAUGGACAAUAAAUGAUAUUGAAUUUUUGAUAAAAUCUAAAGGUGGUAAUAUUCGUUUAGCAACUAAAAUUCAUGUCAUCAUUUCAGCAUUAAUAACAAAAAUGUUGUGGUUGAUAAUUCACGUCAUAGUUCCUUAUGUAUAUUAUGGUGGAAAAUAUACGUUAGUUACACUCAUUAUUUUUAUGGCAAUAGGCGCAUAUUAUCUCGAAAAUAUUUUUAUUGUAAAUCAUAUCCAAGAAAAAUUGCAAACACCCAUGAUCCAUGUCGACAAUCGACGUUCAUUGCAUUGGGCAAUUCAUCAAGUUUACACAACAGCUAAUUGGAAAUCCAAUAGUUAUCUGGCUACUUUUAUUAGCGGUGGAUUAAAUCAUCAAAUCGAACAUCAUCUCUUUCCUUCAAUGAAUAUAUAUCUGUAUCCAGUAAUUUCACAGAUUGUUCAAGAAGAAUGUUACAAAUUUGGUUUACCCUAUCAUAACUAUACUUCAUUUACAACUGCAUGGCUAGAUAUGUUUUAUUAUUUGAAAAAAUUGGGUAAUCACAAUACUAAUUUGGAUCAUCUACAGUAA